AUGGUCUCCAUCUCCGUUCUCGAGGUAAGCUCUCCCCAAAAGGCCGGUAAAAGUAUGAUAUGAUACUCCGAGAAGCUCUCGUGCCCGGAUUAGACCAGUGGUAUGGGGCAAAACCCGAGUGUCGGUGCGGCGUCACUCUAUGACGUCUUGGCAGACCCAAAGACAAGUCAACAACUCAUCAAGUCCCACGGAAUCCCGGAUCGCCCCCUCCACAUCCUCUCCGUGGUCGCCGCAAUGACAACUUCACCGACUCAAUACCUCUCCGCCCUCUCACUAGCAUCCUCUCCCUCUCCCUCCUCCCACCGGGCACCGCCUCCACCACAAUCAUCCAGUAAACCAACACCCUCGUACAGAUCACUCUCGAAGUCCCACCGCCGCUUGGAAUCCACGAUCGCGGCGCUCCAAUCCCAACUCAGCGAAGAGAAGCGCUCGGCUGCCUGGUGGAAGAACCGAGUCUGCGAACUGGAUGCUCGAUGUCGCAGCAUCGAUGUCGACCUUGCACGCGUGACGAGGGAGAAGCACGCACUCGACUGGACCGUCGCGAAGUUACAGAUGCGGGAGACGCUUGUUCCGCGAAUGAUAGAAGCGGCAACACAGACGGAUGAGGUGGAAGGGGGGAAGACUAUGGCGGGGGGGCAGGAAGGGGAAAGUCAGAAGGAUCUUGUUAUCAAGACGCUCAUUCAAAUGGUUUGGGAUAAGCAAGGAGAGUCGGUGCUGCUUUCUACUGGCGCGCCCGCUGGAUGUGAAUGCGAUGCUGCGAGGGCCCUCAGGAAUUUAUUUCCGAGGCAGCCCAGUGCGGACUUAGCCGCGGCGGGCCCUUAUGAGGGAGCACCGGAGGAGGAGACGGAAGAGGAGAGGGAGGGGGAUGAUCUACUAAAGAGGAUACUCCGCAGACGCGGGAAGAGACCAGGCAGACCGCGGGCCACGGGGGCCCUAGAGAGGGGGGAUGAUGGAAGUGUACCGCUUGCGGAGACACCACCCCAUCCCCAUCCCCAUCCCCAUCCCCAGGCGUCUUCGGAAGCGCGGCGGGAGAAGAAGGAAGCGCUCAAGAUGCGGGUUUGGGAAGCACGAGAGAGGGUGGACAGGCUUCGAAAGCAGAAUGGUGUGUUGGAAGAGCUAAUACGGGAAGGGUCGGAGGCUGACAGCAACCGUGCUGCAGAUGAGUAUGGGAAUAGGUUUGGCUAUGGUUAG